AUGUCUGACAUCGAGCUGACACCCGAGUACGACACAGCGUACAAAAAAAACCUGGAGAGUCAAAUAGUUCUCAAGAAACGGCUACUCAAGGCCGCCCAGAAGCAGCUGGAACUGUUUAGGCAGCAGAACACGGGCGACUCGCCGAAAGCGUCUCAGAUCGCGUUGACUGACACGCUAGCGAAAGUCCCGUUCCACCCGCCGCGAAACGACCUGAUCGGGCUCUCGCUGGCGCAAAACACACUAAGCACACAACUAGAAGCCGUCAACAAGUCGCUCGCGGAAAUCGCCAGCUCCAACAAAGAGCUUCAGAGCCGCGCAGACGACAUGGCAAACACCAAUGCAGUGUUUGAUAUUCUGAAAAGUGAGCUGGAGGAGCGCAUACAGCAGGAAAUGGACAAGAAACAGCAACUGCUGAGCCACACAGUUGCAGACGACAUCAGAGACGCGUAUUUACAGAAACAGGCAAAACUGGCCGACAGAUCUACAAAACUAAUCGAAAUAUCGAAAAAGCUUAUUGUGGAUUAUAUCCUGCGCAAAGAAUUCGAGGCACUGUUCACGGAAGAGGAGCUGGACGAAAGAAAACAGAAAUUUCUCAAACUGCUGGAAAUUCUGCUUAACAACUCCAUCACGAACACCGGGAACUCGAAGCUGCUGGAGGUGGACAAUAAAGACGACCCGCUCAUUCGAUACCUGAUUCUCAACAAUAUCAUUGUCGCCGACCCAAAGAACCCGAACAAGAUCAAGCUCCGCGAUCUCGCCACAAACCUCUAA